CCAGCACCAUACCUGACCCCAUCAAGCAUGCCCCAUGCACUCUCCUCCAGUGUGGCAGGGGGAAAGCCAGCUCCUCUCCAAAGGCAAUGGCACCGAGCAUUUGCAGGUUCACGGCCAUGGAGGCGUCCAGUUCCAGAACUGGGCCAAGACCUACGGCUCCUCCCCGGAGCUGUAUUUCCAGCCGACGUCGGUGGAGGAAAUCAAGGAGAUUUUGGAGCUGGCCCGGCAGCGGAACAAGCGGGUGAAGGUGGUGGGAGGUGGACACUCGCCCUCUGACAUCGCAUGCACGGACGGCUUCAUGAUCCAAAUGGGGAAGAUGAACAAGAUCCUCAAGGUGGAUAAAGAGAAGAGGCAAGUGACGGUGGAAGCAGGGAUGCUCCUCUCUGAUCUGAACGUCAAGCUGACCAAGUAUGGCCUGGCGCUGGCCAACCUGGGAGCUGUCUCCGAAGUGGCGGCCGCCGGGGUGAUCGGCACCGGGACGCACAACACAGGCAUCAAACAUGGGAUCCUGCCUACCCAGGUGGUGGCGCUGACCCUGCUGACGGCGGCGGGGGAGGGCCUGGAGUGCUCCGAGGGCUCCCACGCGGACAUCUUCCAAGCGGCCCGGGUGCAUCUUGGGUGCUUGGGCGUCGUGCUUACCAUCACCUUCCAGUGCGUGCCGGAGUUUUACCUGCAGGAGACCACCUUCCCCUCCACCCUCAAGGAGGUCCUGGACAACCUCGACAGCCAUCUGCAGCGCUCCGAGUACUUCCGCUUCCUCUGGUUUCCGCACAGCGAGAAUGUCAGCAUCAUCUACCAGGAUCACACCAGCAAGCCUCCCUCCUCCACGGGCAGCUGGUUCUGGGACUACGCCAUUGGCUACUACUUGCUGGAGUUCCUGCUCUGGGUCAGCACGUUCCUGCCCUUCCUGGUGCCCUGGAUCAACCGCGGCUUCUUCUGGCUCCUCUUCACCAGCAAGGGGGAGAAGGUCGACCUCAGCUACAAGGUCUUCAACUACGAGUGCCGUUUCAAGCAGCAUGUCCAGGACUGGGCCAUCCCCAUGGAGAAGACAAAGGAUGCCCUCCUGGAGCUGAAGGCCGCACUGGAGAGCAGCCCCAAGGUGGUGGCUCACUACCCCGUGGAGGUGCGCUUCGCCCGGGCAGACAGCAUCCUGCUCAGCCCCUGCUUCCAGCGCGACAGCUGCUACAUGAACAUCAUCAUGUACAGGCCCUACGGGAAGGACGUACCCCGGCUGGACUACUGGCUGGCCUACGAGGGCAUCAUGAAGAAGUUUGGAGGGAGGCCACACUGGGCCAAGGUGGGGUCUUCUCUUGCAGGCUCACGCCUGCACCCGGACGGACUUUGAGAAGAUAUACCCCGGCUUCCCGAAGUUCUGCUCCAUCCGGGAGAAGCUGGAUCCUACAGGGAUGUUCCUGAACACCUACCUGGAGAAGGUGCUGUACUGAGGGUGGACGGGGAAGGAUGGCAACCCUGGACAGCUGGUGCCAUGUGCUCCAUUCCUGGAGGCAGGGGCACUGCUCCUGGUACAGCUCCCUUCUACUCCCAGAUCCCUUGGGACUGAACCAAAUCCUUGUCCAAGAACACUGCUCCCCUGGGGUGGUCCAGCUUUGACCUGGCAUAGGAGGAGUGCAUCCAGCAUCUGUUCAGGGAUUUAGAUUAGAUGACCCUUCAAGUUCCUUCCAGCCUUAGGGCUCUACGAUCCUAUAUGUCUCUUAGCUAAGUUGCUCUUGAGUCUCUGUCUCCUUUGUGUCUUGUACAGCUCCAAGCGCUCAUACCUCAAUAAAAAAUCCUCACUGAG